AUGCACGCCGAUCCUUCUCGGCCGCAGGCUGGUUCUGAUGCCGGUCGGGAUGCGUCAGAGAGCGCCUCUCUGUUGAGGCCUCAAGUCGCCUCUGCUGCCACCGUCAAUAUCGCCUUGGUAGCGAUGACCGCCUCGCCGCCAGCGAGUGCAGUCUCUGAGGCGGUGUUGCUGGCGGUCUGCAGUCAUGUUGUUGGGCGCGAGACGGUGACCAUCUGA